AUGUCCUGGUCGUCACCUAGUAUCUCUCUCUUGGUCACUCUCAUUCUUACCUAUACUUCAUGUCUGAUCUCUUUGGCGCGGCUUAUCUACUGGCGGCUGAACAAGAUAUGCAAGCCCAAAGCACCGAGCGCGUUCUCGUGUUACAGGGAACGACACCCUAAGCGGUAUUUUUGGCGGAUAUUCCUAUUCGUGUCCACUACAUCCGCAACGACGUCAGCCCUUACAGCUUUAACGUUCGUUCGUGGCGAGCCUUACACCACGGUACUAGCCACUUGGAUCAUAUCUACUAAUUUGUUUCAUGAGGCCAUGAUAUCGACCUUCGCUUGGCAACCGAGUAUGCGCAUCUUCAACCCCUGGCACAUUUGGUCGGGUUUUGGUAUUGCUUGGGUUUUGCUCCAGCUCGGGGUUAUAUUCCAGCUGCUUGCAAUCUCAAGCCACGGCCUCGUACUUGCGAAGGUGUCGGCCAGCGGGUGCCAUCUUUAUUUUAUCUGGGAAUGGAUAAGCGUGGUUGCAGAGAAGAACCAGCCUAUGUCAGAAGGAAAACCUGGCCUGAUGGAGAAGGGGUAUCUUAUGGCACGUAUUGUACUGACAUUGGCGGCCUUCGUCUUCUUGCUUUCGUCGUCCACCGACCAUGGGCUUUUGGCUACUGCCUCAACCUUUGCCGCUUAUGAUGUAUUUCAGAGCGCGUCACUGGUCCCUAUUGAGUUUCAUCGAAGUCCCGAGGUAGAACUCAAACUGCAGCCGCAGCGGCAGUUGCCAACUUCACAAUGGCGCCUCAACGAAGACGAAGACACCCGCGAUUAUCCAUUUUGUAUGCCUAGUCAAGAAACGCUGGAUCCUGUGUAA